AAAAUUAAUGCAGUAAAAUGUAAAGCAUUUUAUUUAAAGAUCCAUUCUUUAUUUUACAAGCACAGAGAGCCGCAUCAGAUGGAUGGAAGAGCCGCAUGCGGCUCCAGAGCCGCAGGUUGCCGACCUCUGAACUAGAGAAACAGGUGGAGGGUGUGAGCUGUGGGCGGAGACAGCAUUCCCAACAGGACUCACCUGAAGGCUGGAGUCAGUGUUUCCAACCUGCAGGAGUGAGCGACACACCUGCGACCAGAUAAAGCUUUAGAACCAGCACCAUGAGUGAAUCAGCAGAAGCUGUGGCUGCCAGCCUCAAAAGCAGGAGAAAUGUCACCAUUGAGGUCACCAACCUCACUAAUCAUUACUGCCUUCUAAAUCCUAAGGUUUUCCUGGAUAGCGGCAGCGUCCACAGCCCUCCCACGCCCACCGUCCGUCUGCAGAAGACUGAGGUGUGCAUCUUUGGGAAAAGUGCCGCCAAAGCCACUGGAUCAGUGGGUGUCCUGACCUAUGACCUGUUUGAGUGCAAAAGCAACAGUGUUAGGGAGACGCUGGCCAUCAUGUUCUCUGUGCCGUUCGACUACAACGUGUACAAGAACUGGAUGGCGUUGGGGAUCUACAAACAGGGAAAGGAGUGCAACGAGGCUCUGUACAAAGAAAUGUAUUACAACAAGGAGCCAAAGGACUUCGUACGGCAGGAGUCCAACGGCUGUGGGCUCACCUUCCAGGGCCAACAUUUGGACAUCAAAGCCACCAUGUCCCCCAUGGGCAAGUGCAUCAUGAAGGUGGAGAUCUGGGACAAGCUCUUCAUCUAAAUGAGUCCACAGCCCCACUGAGCUUUGUGUUAGAGAGUCAUGCUGGAUGUUCUCUGUAGCCCUGUAUUACUGUGGCUCCUGUUUAGGAAUUAAAGCCAUAAUUAUUCUAAA